AUAGUGUAGUGUUGUCUAUGGUAUUUUGAAUAAUAAGUUUUAGGAACCGGAAUAAAGUUUACGUAUUUGGCUUGGUUGGAGUACAGAAUUUUGACAAAUGCAGUAAAAUGUCGAACUUAAUAUCGAAUGUAAUAGUAUGUAAAGUAAUUGACGGCAAUUCUGUCGUGUCCAAAUUCAGUUUUCCAACCUGCAUCCUUCUCGAGUAUGAUCCUGAAGGUAUUAAUGUCAGGAUUCGUAAAGAAAUACUGGGCCACAAUGAAGAUGUUAGCGAGUUUGCAAUAUUUGAGAAAACUGAAUGUUCAAGGUUGGGUCCGCAAAUGUAUGUGAUCACAGUAGAAUCAGAAAGCAUCCUUCUUAAGUUCAGUUCUGAUUUAGAUGCUGCCAAUUUCCACAAGGCUGUAAUGAAAGUGAAGGCUGGGAGAGAAAAGUCUGCAUUCACAGAACGAACUGAUGAAUCAUCAGCGUUGCAAUAUUUCCAGUUCUAUGGAUACCUGUCACAGCAACAGAAUAUGAUGCAAGAUUACAUCCGCACGUCCACGUACCAAAGAGCAAUCCUUGCGAACCUGGCAGAUUUCAAGGAUAAGGUUGUGUUGGAUGUUGGCGCUGGCUCGGGAAUCCUCAGCUUCUUUGCCGUGCAGGCCGGUGCGAUGCGUGUGUACGCUGUGGAGGCCAGUACGAUGGCGCAGCACGCUGAGACUUUGGUUAGUUCGAACAAUUUAGAAGGGAAGAUUGUGGUAAUUGCUGGUAAAAUAGAAGAGAUAGAGUUACCAGAAAAUGUUGAUGUUAUUGUAUCGGAGCCAAUGGGCUACAUGUUAUACAACGAACGUAUGCUUGAAACUUACCUUCAUGCCAAAAAGUGGCUGAAACCUAACGGAAGAAUGUUUCCUAGUCGCGGUGAUCUCCAUAUUGCUCCAUUUACUGAUGAUAGUUUGUACAUGGAGCAGUUCAACAAAGCCAAUUUCUGGUUCCAGCAGUCCUUCCAUGGUGUAGAUCUCAGAAGUUUGAGACAGGCCGCAAUGAAAGAAUACUUUCGUCAACCUAUUGUUGAUACUUUUGAUGUUCGCGUAUGUAUGUCAAAGUCUGUCCGUCACACUGUUGACUUUAUGGAUGUCAAUGAAAAGGAUCUUCAUAAAAUAGAUAUCCCUCUGGAAUUCCAUCUUCUUGAGUCAGGCACAGUGCAUGGCUUGGCGUUCUGGUUCGAUGUGGCGUUCAUUGGAUCAGUGCAGACUAUUUGGCUGUCAACAGCGCCAACAGAACCUCUCACUCACUGGUACCAAGUUCGCUGUUUGCUGGAAACGCCAAUCUUUGUUAAAGCUGGCCAGCUUCUUACAGGCAGGGUGCUUCUUGUUGCUAACCAAAGGCAGAGCUACGACGUCACCAUCGAACUAAACGUGGAGGGCACCGGCACGAGGUCGUCCAACACGCUCGACUUGAAGAAUCCCUACUUCAGGUACACGGGCCAGGCGGCAGCUGCUCCGCCGGGCGUGAACCACACUUCGCCCAGCGAGUCCUACUGGAGCCAGCUGGAUGCACAAGGAGCUCGCCAAGCUGUUAACAUGGUCAAUGGUAUAUCUGUAAACGGUCUUGGUGAGGUGGCAAUGGACGUUACCCAAUCUGCCUCAAGUCUUGUUGGACUGGGUAAGCAACUCAGCCAUGAUCUGAUUUUAGGUAACCAGCCAAGCAUCCAUCCAGGCUCAAUCACAAGUACUGGUCGGCAGCGUGUGGGAGCUGGAGCAGGCACGGCCACCUCAACUCAGGGAGCCCAACUAAUUGGUGGCGGCAUUUCUCCAACACUGUUCACAGCACCAACUCACCAGUUGGUUCUGGGCAAUACUUCCCACUACCCAGUAAACAACAGUCUGAUGAUUGGCGACUAUGUCACCCCCGGGAGUUCUGUGUUAACGGUGCCCAGCUAUCGGCAGUGAAGGGAAGCUUGCGCACAGCAUAGACUGACCCUGCAGCUUCCUAUCUGGCACGCACAAGUGAACAGGCUCGUGAGCGGUGCUGUGUAGGCAACACAAGAAAUGAGUUUAUGCAUCUGUCGUAGCAUGUGGGAGCGGACUUGUGUUGUGUUAACCACAUCCUAGCUUGAUAAUCAAGCAAUAUGGGUAAAUAAAGACUGAGUAGUUUACUAGAGGUAUUGUUUGUGUUACUUGCCAGAGCACAAGUAUUUGUAAUUGUUUCAUGCAAGUCAAUCUUCUGCCUGGAUGACUUUGUUAGUGUACUGCUAGAAGUGUACAAAUCUUUCUUGGGUGCUGUUCUAGCACAUAUGAAGUCCGAUACUAUCCAAUUGACACUUAAAUAUUUUGUUUACAACGCAUACAAUCGACUCACGAAGAUGAGAUUGCUUACUAGUAGUUUCAGAAAUUGUAUGCAUGUUUUUUUGUGUAUGUAUGUGUGUGUUGUGUGUGCUGUUGGGUUAAAUAUUAAAUGGUCCAGCACCUGAUGUGUGAUUAUACGUAAUGUGUGUGUAUUUUGUAAACCACUAUUAAAUAAUUUUAAUGUAUUUUGUAGACUUAGCUACUCACUGAAUGUCAGUCUUCCUAUUUGUUCAAGAAAUCAAUUAUAGAAUGAGGUACUCUUUGAAUAAUGUUUGAACCAGGCUCAGUUUUUUUCUUGUAACUGAUUUAAGCUUUGGGUGUUGCUUUUAAAAGAACUUUAAUGUCUUCAUUUUUAUUGGAAGUGGAAUAAUCCAAGACAGUGAAAAUCUUUCCAGUUCUGUAGUAUAUAUCUUUUGAUCAUUGAGUACUUCUCAAACUUACAAGAAUAACUUUUGGGUAGGCAAGAGGUGGCUGGAUAGUCUUUUCGGUCUAUUGGUGCAGUGUCAUUUGAAACUAUCAUAUUUUGUAGGUCUCAAAUCGAUUGUAAAUCUCUGUGCAAAAAAAGUAGACAACAGUGAGAGUAAGUUUGUAUCGCAAGAUUGUAGUAUUUCUAAAGGAACAAUCAGCUGAAAUGUAUUUAAUUAGUACAUCUGUGAGUGGAAACCAACAUAUUAAAACCUUACAUUCACCAUGCUGAGCUAGUGCAAAAAAAAAUGAGUGCGUGUAACUCAGUACAUAUAAUAUAAGUGAAACUUCUUUGGCAAUUCAAACCUUAACUCAUAAGUGCUCUCCUUAUAUCUCUCUGGCAUAAGAAACGUUUCAAAACAAUGUUUCACAAAAACUUUGCAUUAAAGUUUGGCCUUGAAAUUGUAAUUGAAAUUUUACUCUCAUUGAGCCUAAAAAAGUUUCACUUCAACAAGUGUAGAAAAAAUAGGCAUAAAUUACAACAGGAUGUUCUUUCCUUUCAUUUCUAGUUUUGUGUGGGGACUGAGCUUUUAUGUAUGAACUUCUUUAAAUAUGUAAAGUAUUGGGAAUGAGGUAAGGAAUUUUGAUGAAACACUGAAUUAAAUAUCAGGUAAUAAAUAAAUAGCCCCCAAUACAAUAUCCUCAAAACAUCUUCAUUACUAGGUUUGUAUGAUAUCAUUACAAAAUUGGUUGCAUUUUCUUCAUAGUCCAUAACGAUCAUAAAUUAAAACUACGCCUAUAGGAAAAUAAAAUUAACAUUCCAUGCAUGGGAUUUGUUUAAAUGUUUUUUAAACAAGCAUGUUCUUAUUUGGACUUAACAUAUUUACAUGCUCGUGUGCUCAUAAUUAUAAUACACUCCGUUGUUUUGCUCUCUGCCCAAAUACUUCUGUAAUAAAAUUCAGCAAGUCGAGUGGAGACAGGCGUAGGUGGGUCCAUACUGCCGUGACCCGCCUAUCCCUGCAGCAUGCCAUGGUUUAACCUGAGACGCACGCCACCACGUGGAGCCCGCUCAAGGCAUCGAGGCCUGACCGUUCACAAACUAUUCUCCGUCCUUUUCGCGUCAGAAACAUUUCACAACAAAGUUUUGGGAAAAAGUUGCAUUAAAUUUAGGCCUUGAAAUUUAAUUCCCAUCACAACCAAAGAAGUUUCACUGAAAAAUUUUUCAUUUUGAGCUGUAUGUUAGGUUUUACUGCAUUGAUAGCUUUUAUCUCAUUUGUGGCUCUCCUUCAAAUAUUGCUUAUAACACAAAUACAGGUGAGAGUAUCAUCUUUUAGAAGUCAAAUUUAUUAAUACAUUUUUAGUAAAAGCAUGUAGAUAUUUAUAUCCAUGAAAUAAUGAAAGGACCUUUUGUCUUGCAAAAAUUUUUUGAGGCUGGCAUAAACAGGUGGGUCAAGAAGGGCAUAUGAAGGGAAACCUGUGAUAUUGGAGAAGGGGUCAAGAGUGAUGAAAAAACUUAGGUGGCCAGCGCUGCAGUAAUGAAAGUGAGAAGAUAAAAACACUGUUAACAUGUGAUAUAUUUUAUUUUUCAAAUGCUAGUUGUCUGAAACUAAGGUAAAGAUAUUAUCUCUCUCUCUCUCUCUCUCUCUCUCUCUCUCCCCCCCCUUCCUUCCCCUCACAAUUGCCACUCGAGUGGUACGGUAAUAAUCUUCUGCCAUCUCGUCACCAUAAUUUGGGCUAUAGCAUUCAUUAAUUUGUACCCUUUAAUUCCAUUUAGUAUACCACAAAGCCUGACAAUGUACCAUACAUAUAGAUAAAUGCAGUAGUUAUUAUGUGUUCAUAUCUCUCUGUUCAAGAAAAAAAUAAUAUUACUAAAAAUUUGUGGAUAUUUGUGAAUAAAUAUGAGAACGUGUGAAUAAAAUAAUUUACAAGGAAACUAGUGAAUGAUUUGCGAAUCAUGAACACUUGAAAACAUUUAACUUUCAUUAAAGAACAUUUUAAACUGUCCAAUAGUGUUUAGUAAUUUUUCGCAAUUUCGUAAGUCACAAUUUUUUUGGGUUUCUAAAUAUCAUCAUCAUGAAAAUUAGAGUAUUUAAUGAUUACAAUAAAAAUUUGGUUAAUGAGUUAAUCUAAUUAAAUGAAAUAAAAAUAUAAGUUAGAAAUCAACUUCAUUCUCCUUUAAGAAUCAGAUUUCAAGCAUAAAUUUUUAAAAUUUUUAUUUUAAUUUUAAAAUUUGCAGUGUCUACCACCAUGUUGUCCGCAGGUACAGGUUGUACCUGUGGUGGGGUGGUCGUGGGUGUUUCUUUUGCGGGGGUAGCUGGGGGCAAACUUAGUUAUCAGCAGCUUACCCGAUAAUGUAAUAUGACUAGACGGAAAAAUAUCAUAAUUCUGGCUUGUCACAUAUUUUGGCUUGUAACAUUAAUACAGCAUUAAUUAAAAUAUUUUUACUGCGCAACAUUAAAAUUUAUUUAAAAUGGUUAAAUUGCAACAGAGCCUACAUAUUAGAAAGAAAACUUGCCCAAGCUAUCAUAAUUUUUGACAUGAAACUUAUUUGCUGAGGGCGCUGCAAUUUUUGAGCGUUACAAAAAUUCUGAUCACAUGAGGGGAAUAUUUAGGUUGGGGGUGGGGGAACCGGGCGAGGAGGGGAUAUUUAGGUACGAGGUCGUGGAACGGGUAGAGGAGGAGAGUGCAUCAGUGGCGACGCUACUCCAACGCAUGCACUAGUGGUUGAAUGGGGAUAUGGCAAUGGAGGGGGGUAGGUACGUUGCGUAGCAUGCUGUAUUCUAGCUACCCUCUUUUAUCGCAUAGUCGUCGCACGUGCAUAAUUGUUGCACCUAUAUUUUAGGGCGUCAAUAUUUGGAUUAAAAAACCUCUCGCGUAAUCGUUGCAUUAUGUUUUUGGUCCUGCUAUUAGAUUCGGAGCGCUUUGUGUGGGUAUUUUUUCCGUUCAAAAUGAUGUGUUUUAAAGUAUAAAUCUAAUAUAUAUUCGGACAUUACCAUUUACUUACUUAUUUAAUUAACGGAAAUACAAAGUUGUCUGAUGUGUACAUUUUCUUUUAAAGACGUUUUUAAACUUUAUAACCUUGAUCUGUUUGUUUGCGUGUCCACGGUGUACCACUUACAACAAUGUAGCCAGCGCUAGUUGGCAUCAUUCAUGUUUGGUUAUGUUGCUUCCCGUAUAGAGCGCGCACACAUAGUCGAAUAUCAAUAUCUCGCCAAUUGCAUGCUCUCUGUCAAGUGCCGAGUUAACUGCAUUUGAUGGCCCGCACUCUUUCGUGGUGUGUACUACGACGAUAGUUAAGUGUUCGUUCAGGCUCACAUUCGGAUCACAGAGUUUGUUUUUCUAUUAAAGUUAAUGAAAGGUUUUUGUUGCAUUACUUAUUAAAAUAAAUUGUUUGGCGUGCUCUUUUAUACUUCACUUUUUAAAUAAAUGUACUUUCCAUGAAUGGGUUUUGUUUUUAUGAACUUUACCGAACAAAAAAAAAUUUUUUUCUUGCAUAAAUGUUGCACCCCUACUUUUCAAACUUGAUUUUAGUAUAAAAUGUGCGACGAUUCUGCGAUAAAACACUGUAGUUUUUACAGCCGGAAGGGGAGACGUCUUAAUAAGUAUCAUUCAUUUUUAUAUGAAUAGGGUGUGUGAAAAUUAAAAAAAAAAAAGAUGCAUAGACAUAAGAGGUUAGCUUUAUAAGUAAUUUAUUUUUAGUAUGUGAACACUUGACAUGUCAGAAAGACUUUUAGACUUUUGGGAUAGACUGUAUAAGUGUAAUUUAUGUUCUUUCAUUUUAUUCAGCUGGGAUCAUGAUUUAACAGCAUGCCUAAAUAUAAAAAUGUAGAAGCAGAUAAGAGGUAUUAUCAAGGAAACGUUGGAAUAAACCGCCAAAAGAUGUACCGAAAAGUACCAUUGAACAGAUGCGAGAGUAAAAGGUGCAGAAAAGGGGCUUUUAUCAUUUGAGAUCAUAUCCGCAUCCUUACUGUUCUCAAUUAUUAUUUAUUGUUCAAUAAACAAUACUAAUAAUUUAUCUCUAUCUAUACUUAAUAAGCAAGAAGUUUCACUUCCAUUGAGCAUGGUCUCCAUGCACGUUUUUUUAUUUUAUUAUUGAACUUAAGAGUAAAAAAACCUAGGUUACACACUACCCACGAUGAGGUGAAUUAUUUUUUGGCUGAUAUUCAGUAAACAUUUAGACAUUGACACCUUGUUAUCAUCUUAAGACUUACUUAUCAUGUAUAAAUAUGUAUUUGAUUAAUUUUAUAAGAAUAUCAAGCUACUGAAGUCAAAUUGUCUUAAGAACCCUGCCAAAAAUGUCUCGCCUCACCUUGAACAGUGUGUAGUAAACGUGUGGCAAGUUUUUUCUUCUCCAGUCCCUGCAGCUUGUGUGGCCUGUUUUUUAUUUUCCUCAGUGGGGUGUUAGUUGAUUUUUUUUUGCUAGAUAGGCAGAAGAAAUAAUUGUCGCAACUGUCAACAGAUAAACAACAUCAUGGCGAGCAUCCGGUCUGUGCCGACAGUUCUCAUUAUAAUUAACUGUGUGAGUUGUUUACUCCCCUACCACAGUUAGGAGGCACUGUGAAUGCUAUUGCCUGAACUAUGAUGUUGAAUCCAGCUUUUAAAGUAUUUAGCUUUAAGAAAUAUUCUUUGGAUCUCUGAAGCUUUUUUUUUUCCUACGAAGACAAACUUGAAGAAAAUUAGUUUUCAAUUUGACUUAGACUUUCAGAAGAUUCGCACACCCCUACAGUUAACAUUUUACUUAAAUAUUUUAAAGACUUAAAUUGUGAGGGGAACAUGACUGAUAGCUCAGAACUGCAAGUUAUUACACUAUUAGGCACCAAAAUGCAACUAAAACCAUUAAAUUAAUCACCAUUUUUAAUCACAAUUCGACUGACUUUCCGAAGCUUUGCACACUACUUAUUUAAUACAUUAUUAAUACUUUGUUUUUCGGUUUGAUUACUACUAAUAAUGUUCCUACCAAUAAGGUUCCUAAUAACAGUGAUUUUUCCUACAGUAAUGACACAGUGGGUCCUCAUUGAAGAUGUUUAUAGUUUUUGAAAGAUUGAUAGUUAUUCUAUUUUCCCUUACUUAUUUUUGGUGGUCAUUAGGUAUGUAUUUAUAAGGCAAGCCAUAGUUUUUCCAUAAAAUGAAAAUAUUUAAUUGGGUUUAAAAAAAUUAGCUAGACCUCUAGUAAAAGCAUAAAAUGAAUAUUAUUGACAAAAAAGAUGAUUAGUCCAGCUCUAAAUGAAAGGUUUUAUAGAUUCUUUAUAUAAUCACACUAGUGGCACUAGAUACGUGGAAUCAGAUGUUCAGUAUGGUAGAUGCUAAAUGCUAAAUUUGUCAAAAUGUCUAAAGUUAUAUGUCAAUAAAAUGUUUUGUGUAUGUUACUAAACAAACUAGUGCUCUGUGAAAAAAAAGUCCUACAAAACAAUUAGAAGAUUUUCUAAUGUAUGACAAAAGGAAUAAAAAUGCAAAAAGUAAACCAUUAAAAUUUUUGUGGUGAAUCAAAUGAAAAGGGUCAGAGAAAUGUGCAUGCAUAUGUACUUGCUUUGCAUAAGCAUGAAGCUGCAUGCAAGUAUGUGUCUGCAUUGGUUACAAGAUACUUUUCCAUGUCUGGGAACAUGAUGCUUUGAAAAGAAGUAUUUUUUAAACUGGAAAUUUUUUACACCUUAAUUAUUGGAUCAAAAGCAGUUUGAACAAAUUAUACACAAAGUGUAAGUUAUUUUCCACUGCUAUUAUGUUAAUUCAGUGUCAAAAGAGGUAUGGAAACUGACAUAUGGUGAUUUCUUUUAAGGUCAUGAUUCUGGAUUUGACUUUCAGAAUUAGUAAUAAAAUGUGGUUUAUGUUACUCAGUGUUCGUGAUGUUAACAUUCAAUUUUUUUGUUUGUGAUUGCAAGAUUUGAAACUUGAUGAAAUAUUAAAUGGCUAUAAGCUUUCAAAAAAAAUUGCUAGAAUUUUUUACCCUGAGAAAGUAAGUAGUAGCAGUUCAGUUUUUUAUAGUGUGUAUUUCAAUUUUAAACGUAUCAUGUAAUUAUAAGUGCUCAAGCAGACACAAUUUGCUCAAAAUGUAAAUGUUAUAGUGUCAUUUUUUGAUGGUAUUUAAACUCGGGUAGAAUUGUUUGGCUUUUAUUUUUGUAGGGAAAAUGUGGCUAGUUGAAAUUAAAUCAUACAUUUUUCCACUGCACAAUAAAUUUGUUUGGUUGGGUUGUUUAGAAAAUAUUAACAUACCCUGUUAUGAAGUGAAACAGAUUAUAAAUUUGGUAGGUUCACUUAAAAAAUUACAAAUCUGUUCAACAUGUCCUUUGCUAUCAAAUUAUGCAUUUUUAGAUUUAGAUUUAGUGUUCCUGGUAAUGAGUAAUUUGAAACUUUAGGUAUUAUUUACUUUGUACUUAUUUACUUCUAAAUUUCAGCCAUAAGAUGUUGCUGGUUACUUUUAAUACUUAAAACCUCUUUAACCUCAAGUAGCCCUACCCCACCAUACUGUUUUAAUGUAGUGAUAGUAAACAAAGUUAAUGUCUUGAUUGUAUCACCUUUCAUUUUACUAAGGUUGGAUCAAUUCCAAUUGUAAAAACUCUUCUCAUCUGAAAAAAUUUCAUUAUUUUACUACACAUUAACAAUCUAAGCCAUUGUUUACCAACCUUUCUUGAAUUAUGGCACCUAAGGAUCAAUGCUGAAAUCACACAAUACAUAUAUUUAAAUUCCUAUUUUCAAACAUGAUUAUUUUUAUAUUUUUGCUACUGGGUUUAAAAUUUUUAGUAACUUUAAAAUUAAAAUAAACCAUUUAUAUUCUACUGUAGGGUGCUACUACCCUCAGCCCGUGUUUCCCUUUACUGCCUGUACUUAAAAGUUUAUUAAUGUUUGAAUUUUUUUUUGUUUUUAUACAUCACCAUUUUUGUUUACCAAAAUCUUGCGGCACAACUACAGAGGCUUUAUGGCGCACAGCACAGUGUUGGGGAAACCCUGUUCUAAGCUAUAUAACAUGCAAUUUAUGUAAACUUACUGUUAAGUAAACUCAUGAUCGGUAUACUGAUGUCUUUCAAUAUCUUUAAUAAUUGUGUGCAGAUGUCUUUAUGUUAUCUGUCUCAUGUAGUGGCAUAACAGGCAGACCUAGAUGCCUCCCCUCCUAAUCUGUGACCAGUUUGUAAUGACUAGGACUCCUCUGCUCCUCCCUUCAAAAACUUACCAUCAAACCAUCCCUUCCACUCCAGCCUGCAGUCUCCAAAACUUUACUAUAGUUUUCCAUAAAUAGAAGAAAUCUAAUAAGAAGAAAAUAUUGUGUCGCCCGGUACUAGUCUAGUUAAUUUUGUUCAUAGCCUGGUUUUCUGUUCUGCAGAUAAGUUUGUCCAUUUUUUCAAAGCACUUAUUUUACUGGGGCUAAAAACAUAAAAAUAGACCAAAUAGAGCAGUGUGCUGUGGCAUGCUGGGAUCAGUGGCAUCUUUGCAUGUUUGGAUGGCAAUAAAUUUUUUGUUGUUUUAACUUCUCGUGGUUUAUUGUGCUGGAGAUUUGCAUAUAAUGAACAUACGCCUCAAAAAGUGAACCAAUGGCCAAGUAUUAAUGUUUUAAGAGUUUGUUUUGCUUUGCUUAGCUUUGCUUUGUUAGUUUUACUGUUAUCCGUUGCCAUUAAGAACCAUGAUAUGUGAGUGCUCUGCGUGCUAUCAAAAAAAAUAUGCCAAAGGUAUUUCAUUGCAACCAUUAAACCAGUUUAUCUUUGCUCGUAUGCAUUUUUUUCUCCUAAGAAUAUUAGUUACACAUUUAAAAUCUACAGCAUUACACGGGCCAUUUUCUUUGCAGUAUAUUUCUGAUUCAACCAAGUAUUUUGUGCCUUACUCCCAUAAUGUAAGAAUGUGUACAUACAAUAUAGAACAGCAAGCGAAUGAAUGUUGUUCUUGGUAAAAAAUUUCACGUAAUUAUGUUAUAUAUUGAUAUUCAAUUAUUACUUUUGAAUAUGAAAGCUUAUUAAAGCAUUUGGUGCCAUUGCUUGGAGUGCUAACCAAUUUCAGUGUGAGGGGGUUCUGGAUUUUAAUUCCGGCAAAGGCAUUUAGGGUGUCUAAUUGUAUAAUCAGCUUUAGUUUAUCUUGUAAUCAUCUUUUCUCUCAGUUAGCCUGCUGGCAUGAAAGUAGUGAGUUAAAAGUUAUAUAAAAAUAAUUAAAAAUUAUAAAACAUUGGCUGUAAGAACAAUAACACUCUAUUAAUAACUAUAAGAAAGGGAACAAAAGUAUUGUUUAAUAUUUAGACACAUAUUUAUGAAAACAUAACCUUCUGAAGAUUUCUGUCUCUGCAAAUAGAAGUUUCAACAUUCAACAUCUCUUUAGAAGGAGCAAAUACUAUACAAUACUUUAAAUAAUAAUAAUAAAAAAAAAACACACACACACGAUAACAUACUGUUUUGAAAAAUGGCUGCUAUAAUUGUGUUGUGAAAUAAGUUUCAUUUUUUUUCAGCAAUUGUAUGGUGAAAAUUAUUAUUAAAAUGCAUCUGGUAUUCCUAUUUACUAGAGGCAGAACUUUUUAAAGCGAGAUUUCUCCAUUAUCUAUGUUAUUGAACCUGAAAUACUAAGUCAUGGAAAAUAAGUAAAACCCUGCCUCGUGUCACAAUUGAAAAUAGUAGCUCAUAAGAGAGGAUCUUUGAACGAGUACUUGCUAGGUUUAAUUUUUUUCACUGAAUUGUCAUGCCACUGUGAACCAAAGCAUUUAAUCACAAUGAAUGUCUUUCCAUUGUUCUAGAAAUUAGUUAUUGUCAGCUGUGAACUCAUAAUACUGCUUACAUAGUUCUGUAAUCAAACUCAUCAAAGUUUACCUCAAUUUUUAAAAUUUUUUUAUUGAGGACUUUGCUAUAAUACUAUUGACAUUUGCUUCAUGUCCAGUCAUAAGUACUUGAAGUGAGAGAACUACUAUUGGGAAAUAUUAUGUUAUUGAACAAUAAAAAAAAAUUGUUUGCUCUUUCUUUGUAGAAGCUUCGUCAUCACUAUAUUUAACGCUUCUUUAAACUCAUCUGUUGUUGAUGUGUUCUCAGCAACACAGCUUUAAGUGCAGCUGACCAUCCCAGUUGAUGUUAAUGGUUUAUCAAAAGUGUGUGUAUCAAAAUAACUAUAUUUUGCAUCCUCUGUUUCACUGUCACUUCUUACAAAAAUGCAUUCUGAUUGAAUAAAAAAAAAUUCUGUUUAAUAUAUAGCUUAAUAGUACAGUAAAUAAAUGUAGAGAGAAAUUAACACAAUUUUAAUUCACAUUAGCAAACUUGUACCUAUAAUUAAGUUCAUACUCUAAAACCUGUGCAAGAUGACAUAACAACAUGCCUUGUUUGCCAUCUGUUUAGCCCUUACAAGCACAUUCUUAUGCCAAGCCAUAAAAAUAUAGCAAGCACGAUCAGUAUUUGGCCCCAACAUUUUCAGGGAUACUUUCAAAACCAAUUAAUUUCAGUUCUGGAUAAAAUGCAACAGCAGUUAGUUAACAUAUGAUGGUAAACAAGUUGUACAAGCAGUUUUUAUAACUGAAGGACACCAAGUACCUCAUGAGCAGAAGCCUGGACAAGUCUGCUGAUGACAUGCCUGGUGCAUGAUAUAUUUUCUUUUGUGGAUUUUUUUUUUCGGUUUUCACCAAAUGUAAUUUGCAAUUGCAACAUGAUUUUAAAAAUAUGCUGGUAUGUUAUUUUAUAAAUAAAAACUUCAGGAAUUCAUAUUGAUGAGAGCGCUCAUGUCAUUACUACCCCUACAAUCUUACGGAACAGGCAUGGGAAUGUGGGGUUUCGGGUGGGGAACAUCUGUAAUUCCUGGUUACAAAGACAUUGGACUUUCUAAAAAACUUUGCAAUGCUAAUGUUUUUUUCUGAAACCAACAGAAUUUUUAUUUUAUAUUUGUUUAAGUUUUGCAGAACUUAUUUCUAGAUCAGUGAAGGCCUUUCUUGUAAUUUUUUUUAAUCAAUAUAUUUAAUAUUUCAGUAUUUAUUGUAUGUAAUUUAAUGUGGCAUUUAUUUAUAUUAUUUUUAUUCUGUCAGCAGCCUUUAUCAUAACUUUAUAUUUACGCGUGGGUGUGUUGGAGUGCAGAACUACUUUCUUGCACGUGGACUAGUGCGCGCGACAGUUUGGGCGGAGUGUUUUGUGGGGACUCGGAAAACCAGUUGCGGUACGAUGUGCCUCGGGCGGUGCACUGUAUGCUCCGUGGGCCUGCCGUGGCUAUGAGGGUUUGUGGACUGUGUUUCACAAGUAAGGUAACGGGAUGUGUGGAUUGCGUGUAACUGUUGGGGCGAUUUGGAGUGUCGAAUUUAUGUACCCGGCAAGAGAAAAAGUGUGCAAGUCAUCUCGUGCGAAUGGACUGUGCGCACUCGUGUAACUUUGGCGUGCGUCGAUGUGGAGCAUGGUAAUCAAGUGACGUGCACUGUGGAGGCUUCUUCCAGACCCACAAUUAGGCAAGUAAGUGUCGUCGGCCCGUGCCCUUACCAGAAGCUUUAAGGUACAGCUGCACAGCAAGAAGCAGUUUAAAUUUUGGAAACAGGUGUGCCGGUUUAGCGGCAACUUUGUAUCUGGUUGAAAGAUUGCACCUGUAAUGUGAAAAUUAAUUCACUUGUGUUACCCACCUUAGAUGUGCAUUGAAAACAAUUUUAGUUUUGUUUUACAAGGCCUUGAACUUUUGAAUUUUAUGCUGUGUAACAGCCGAGUUAAAGCACUUCGCCCCACGACUGCAAACAUUUUAAUAUUGCCAAAAUAACCAGGGUUAAAGACUUUAAAUUUACUAUAUUUUUUGUUAGGGUUAGGCAGUAUGUUUGUAUGUUACGUUAAUGUAAAGAUAUUUUAUGAGGCUGCUUAUUAGAUUUUUAAUAUUUUUAUGUAGAGUGUUUAAAUGGUAAUAGUUGGGUCUAAAUGUAAACGUAAUAAUUUAAUGGCAAAAAAAAUAGAGAGGUUUCAACUUUUUGCUGACAUACUGGUGUUUUGUAGUAUUCGUAAAGUAAUGUAUUUAUUUAAUGCGCAUCUCAUAAAAUUUUUGCAAUUAAAUUUGUAGUUAACUUUUUGGAGAAUUUUCUUUGGUGCGGUGCUGAAAACUCUGUUCCUUUAAUUUUUGAAACUCUGUUCCUUUAAUUUUUGAAACUCUGCUUGCUAUUUUAAAUUUAUGCCUUUUGAGAAUAUUUGUCUGUACCCUGUUCUGGUGGGUAAACACGUCAAGCAAAGGCACGACUUUAAGUAUAAACAUAAUUUUUUUGAAUGUCGAGCAAAACAGACGCAAACUUCAGGAAGGUUGCGGAAAAUUGUGGUCACUCGCCCUUAGCUAGGUGAGUGACUACACAUUCAUAUGCUUGUUUUGCGCAAAAUAAGUUUCUUAAGAAAAUUUAACUUUCUGGUAUGGUAUUAUAUACUACAGCCCUACCAAUUCUAGUCUAGAACAUGAUACCGUAUAUCUAUUACCUAUGACAUCUUAUUCUUUACUACAAUCCCACUUGGUGUUAUAUAUUUUUCUACGCCACUUUAUAUCAUUUGUUUAUUAAUAUGCAACUUUGAUUUAAACAUCCUGGGUAUAGUAAAGUUUACUAUAUACUAUAGCCUACCUAUUCUAGUAUAGAACACGAUACCGAAGAUAUAUUACCCACGGUAUAGUCUGUAUUACAAUGCCACUUGGUUUAAUAUAUUUUGUGAUACCAUUUUAAUAAAACUUCUUUAUUAAUAUUUGAUUAUAAUUUCAACGACCCAGGUAUCAUAAAUUAUAAUACAGCCCUACCUAUUCUAGUAAAGAACACACAACCUAAGAUUAUUAUUUUGCAUAUCAUAAUAUAAUUUCCUCACGAAACAAACAUUUAAAACUUUACCCGUCCAAAACACACUAUUCCCCCGCUUGUACCAUAAGAAAGUACAUGUCUAAAUUACUACAGCACUGUGGAUAAAUUUAUAAAUAUCGCUACUACAUCGUGAUACAACUUAUAAAACUUUUUUUUAAUUUAGCCGAACUACCUCACCAAACCUUUUGCUAUGUUGCUAUUCCUUCAAUGAGGACAAAAUUAACCUAACCUCGGAAAGUGAUACUUUUUUUUAUAUUACGUAGUAAAUUAAAUUUUAUGAUUCAAAACAAACAAAAGAAAACAAAUAAUUUACCUAACAUCUCAAAUAAAACACGCACAAGGGACCUAUUAUCCAACACAGCAAAUGAAAUUCAUGUAAAACACUAAUACAAAUCUUUAAAAUAUUUAAAUAUCACUUGCCUUUAAUGACUUUAUGACAAUUAUUUACUUCAAUAUUACUCUUGUAUAUAUUUAAUUUAUGCCAAGUAUUUGCUAUUUCACCAUUAAAUUCAUUCAGUAUCGUGAAACACGAACAGACACUUUCCUCAUCACUACUACAAUCACAACCACAUAUUCAUUCUGUACACUACUAUACCAUUAAAUUUAUUCAAUAUAAAGAAACAUGACUUUUUAUUUCUCUCAUGACUAUUACAAACAGUACCAUACAUAUCCAAUAAAUUUCUUACUAUCUACUAAAUACUCUUUGUAUACUUAAUCACUUAUGUACUAUUAAACUAUUCAGUUCCACUUAUUACAUCACUCCUAUUCAUACCACAACUGCUAUUUUUACUCCAAAACUCACACUAUAAUUCAUAUUUAUUUUCUCAGUGAUAUUCAGUCUUUCAUUGUUACCAAUAUUCCCUACUAUAUUUUCCUUCAUUUCUGCAUUGGCCAAGUUCCAUAAUGCCAUACUUUUCUUAUUUCUUUCCACGUAAUAAAAAUCAUUUGUAAUGUACAUUAUCAUGUUGUGAACUUGACCCAACCCUAAAAAAUGUCAUGCCCAGAAGAAACCAACUAAUUAAUGAUGCAAGGAUUUUUAUUUUAUUUUUUAUGCCAACUUUUCAGUUGAAGGUGAGCUGUCAACUUGAGUAAGUGCACUGUGAAAUUCAAGUGGUAUUCCUUGUUUUAAAACUGACUACUAUGCUUUGCUUUUGUAAAAAUUAUUCUGUUUUCAUGAUUGAGGUGAAGCAUGCUGGGAGGCACUCACUCCCAAUGUGCUUCAAACCUACACGUAGAGUUGUCAACAACAGGGAACUGUUAAACAUUGUUCAUUUACUAAGGUGCAAAUGAGGAAGUUAUUUGGUGACUUAUGUUUUGUUACCCAUCAUAAAAAAUCAAGGAAAUUCAAUGGUAAUAAGUAACAAUUUUAUUCUGAUCUUUGGUAUACUCAACAUUUUUUAAACCCAUGAUUGCCACAGUACAUACAAUCAAGACUGAAUGAUUUAUGUAAGAAACGUGAGCAAUUGCAUCUGUGCAAAAUACAAAAUGUUUGCACAUGCAAUGUAUUUAAGCAAACUAUCAAAUUUAUACAUUGUGAUAGGCAGUAAUUACUGACCUUCAAAUGGUAGCGCUAAACGUGAGGUCAAGGGAAGGCACUCUUACACAACACGAAAAAAUUACAAGAUUAUACAGUAAUAAAAAAAUUAUGUUUCAAUUAGGAGCAGUAAGAAAAUGGGCUAUACAGUGCUGCUCUGCACCCAGGGAUUAUUUAGUUCUGGCGAGAAUCACUCGCUGAAUUACAAAUUCAACUUGCAACUAAAGUGCAAUCUUUCAAAGGCCUGUAGGCCUAAACAAUUUUACGUGAUGAUAAACCCUGUGCAAGGAUAGUGGAUAGUUAUGGCACCACUUCAAAGUAGGUUUCGCAGCCAAACACAAUAUUAAACCAAAAUAUUGUUUAGACUGUGAUGGCUUUAAUAACAAUUCAAAUGAACAGACAUUAAAACUCACUUUACAUUUAAGGACGUGACCACCUCACACCAUCACAGAAGAAAACUAAAGUUGCAUGUAGCCAUGAUUCACUUCUAACCACUUGCCGGGAAUUGGGCGAAAUACUAACGUCAGAAGAUCAUUGCCAAAUGCCAGAAUGAAGCAUACACAAUAUCCCUAUUUAUACCUAAUCCAGGCCCCGUGCACAUGUGCUAACAGGAUGCAAGAGGGGUGGUAAGGGAAGGAAAAAGAGGAGGAAGCAAGGUAAAAUCAGUGGAAGUGGGGAUUUGUGAAGAAGGGGAAAAAACACAAAGAUAAGGCAUCGCGACCGUUUCCCACUAAGGUUGAACAGUUCGGAGGCAGAUACCACAUAAAACAGCCAUCUAUGAUUUUUGGCAGUGAUGUUAGUAAACUUGUAUUCAUGAAAAUCUAACUGAAAUAGCUAGUUAUUUGCCCUGUAUUUUUAUUCUGUUCUGUAAUUUUUAAGUUUUAAUGAUUUAGACAAUGUGUAUGUAUAAGUAGUACAGUGCAUCAUUGUGUGAAAUUGUUUAAACAUAAUAUCCUUUGGUUAUGUAUGCAAAGUGAAAAAACGAGGCCUUUAGCAUGACUAAGGUCGGUAUUCCAAGACACAAAAAUAAUUGUUUAGGUGUUGUUCGCUACACCGGUAUCUUAACCGUAUUCCUAGUGCACGAUAGGACACUGCCAGUUUCUUACUUUUAGGAAACGGAUUUCGGUGUCCUAUCCGUGACCUAUCUGUUGCCGAAAUCCCGCUUAUGUGCAGAGCUCACAUUUUUGUUGGUUUUUUCCAGAUGGCGGACCUGUGUCAUUAACUUGUACACAUUCAAUUUUUUGAAUAUCUCGGGAAGUACCAAAUGUAUUGGAGUGCCAAAUAAAACUUUAUGGUAACGAAACUAUCCUGAAGCAUUUAAUACGCUUUAAUAGUCAUAACAAGAAAUAAUCGAAACUUAUAAAGUACUUGAGUAAAUUAAAAUAACACAAUUUAAUUCAUGCGACACUACUGCUAUCUCUAGGAUUUCGCCAUAAAAAUUGUAUCGAUGGAUGCGAAACGUCUGCUAGAAUGUGUUGGAACCAGUUUCUAGCCUUGCGCAGGGCACUGUAUAUUUAAAACUGUUGACUUUCUGUUACCUUACUGUGAUUUGUGUUGGAUACCUGGAAUAAAACUCGCAAGUUAGGUUACGGUUGUGUCCCAAUAAAGCAGUGCUUAUUCGCUAUCUUACCUGAACAUCUUGGAAUAAUGCCCUAAAUGCUAAAAGAUGACUUGGAACACACUUAAUUGAGCGUGGAAAGUAUAAUAGAUUGACUCAAGAUACUAAAGGAGACAUAUAUAAAUUAUUAAUUCAAGACAAAAAUAGUAUUUGAAAGCUAUUUACUAUGCUUCUCACACUCCAUUAUAACUGCCAGUUUGUACAUACUCAUGUAUGGUAGACUGCAUUCAGGCUUACAAGUGAUGUGCACAUUUUGUUUUGCAUUUUACACCAUUUUAAAUAAACGUCAGUAAUAAGCAAAGUCAUGUUAGUGUUCCUCACUGAAAAACUAAGCAUCUAAAGUUCAUAUAUAUAUGCAAAAUAAAAAUAAAAUUUUAAAAAUAGUUUUAGGCCAGCGGACUAUAGUGCUUUGGUAGUUUGUGACAUAGCAGUAGCAUGCCUGCCAUCAGUGUUCAUAUUUCAAUUUCUGUUGCACCAUAAACAUUUUUUUUUUACGUAUGGCUUUUCAAACUUAUGCUCUGUUGUGAAUAAGUAGCACAUUCCUUAUAAUAUUAAUCUGUGUAGCUGAGUGUUUUUAUAUUCAUUUCUACUGUUUAAACUUAAAAAUACUAAACAAAUAUUUGUAAGCAGACCAAACCUGAACAACUGCUGAAUCACAAAAUAAGAUUUUUAAACAUUUUUGUUCUUGUUAGUGCCUUACGGCAAGCAAUAUUCCCAUGGUCCAUGCUGAAACAACAGUGAUGGCUUGGCCAACAGUGCAAUAAAUAACAGCACACAUUCCCAGCCAAGUAAGUCAUUUUUAAUUUUUAUGGCAGCAUUUAAAUUGAAUUUUUCUUUUUUCAGUCAUACAGUAACUUAUAAUUUUAAAACUACACUUUGUACAGAAAUAAAAUUUUGCAUGGUUGUUUUAGUUUGGACAAAAUGAAAACACAUAAAGCAUGUGUUAUUUUUAUGUGGUGAAGUAAAAAUAAGUUUUAGAAAAAAUCAGUAACACUGUUGUGGUUCAAAGAAGUAUUUUAGGUAAAUUUAUGAGUGACAAUUAUAAAUAUUGGAAGAAAUAAAUGGGAUUUAACUAGAGGUGGUCAAAUUGACAAAGUCAUAAUAUAAAAUUUCAUUAAUUUUAUGUACAUUUGAUUUUUCUGCUUCAGUCAUGUAAAAAACUAGAUUAUUUUUAAAAUGCUUCAUUUGGCGCUUUGCGUUUGUCAAAUUAUUCAGUCUGUAAUGUUCACAAAUGAAUUCAAAGUACCUGCUGCAUGAAUACACACAGAUAGAUUUUAUUUGCCUUUGUUUUAGAAAUAUAAAAAAAAGGUGCAUUUAAAAUAAUUAUAUGAUCAUCUAAUUUAUUUUCUUUUUUUUAAUUUGUUCAUGCUUAUAAGUGUUCAAUAUUGCUAGUUUGUUUUAUCAGUCCAUUUUGCCGUCGCCAUUCUUCUCCAUUAACACUUUUCAAAACAUCCAUGGCUCACUUUUGCAUUGGCACUACAGGAAUAUUUUUACUAAUUGUUUUCUCUCAUUCAAUGCUUAGUAGAACUAGCUGCUGAGACAUUUUAUUUCUGGCUAAGCAGAAGACUAAAUGAGGUAAGAAUCAAUGGGAAGGGAUCAGCAAUGAAAUGAAAAUUGAGCAUCUAAAAAAUUUAAACAAUUUUGUGUUGUGGUGUUAGUAUUGGGCUAGGGUAAUGCUAAAUGCUACUCACAUCCCAGCCAUGUUAAACGUACUUUUUUUUAAAUAUAUAUUUUGUUUUAAAUGAGAAAUAUAUUUGAAAACAUUUUUGAAAUAAUUAGUUAGAUCACUCCUGUUAUCCUUGUGACUGGUUUCCAGUAAGGUUAAAUAUUCAUUGGAAUUCCACCAUUAGUUACUAAAGUUUAUUUAAAAUUUUUGAGUUGUUAUUUAUUAGCAAAUCUUGUUCCUCCAGUGUUUUUUCCUGAUAUUAAGUAUUAUACUAUGGCCUCUCAGAACAUACCACUGGUUUGUUAGUGGUGGAAGUACACUUUGUAUCACUUCAGAAUUGGGAUUGAUCCAACCUUAUUUUAUUAUUUUCUCUUGAACCCACACCUUUGCCAAGUGCAGGAUGAAUUAUGAUUAUUAAAACUGUUGGUGGUUGUAUUGCUACUCAGGAGAAGUAGUUAAAAGUAGUUAAUGUUAUUAACUUGAUUUUUCUAAGCAUAUGGUGUUUAGUUUUAUGUAAUUUGUGAAAUUAAAUUAAAAAUAUAGUUUCUGUUUCUUAUAAAUGCAUUGUGACUAUUUUAUGUUUUUCUUUUAUGUAUUAUUCACUGUGGGUUACUGUGUUAGUUUCAAUAUGAUUGAUUUAAUAAUGAAGUCAAAGCAAAAAUUUAAAAUUUUUAAUGUUUUCUAUUUUAUUUGAAUUGUAUUUAGUAGUGUGAUAGUGAGUGUAAUUUAUUUAAUUUUAAUUUUAAGUGUUUGUAUUAACCUCUGCCAUGACAACUACGUAAGCUAGUAGUCGAAGACUAGACAUUUUGUGUUUCAGAUUAUAAGUACUCUCAACACACAUGUCCUUAUUACACAUGAUUGUGAUGGGAUAAUUUACAAAUAUGUGCAGUGAAGGACUGUCUAAAAAUGAUUUUUUUUAGGCAUUUUGUUUUGUUAUUUAUUGUAUUCAGUAAUGUAUUUGGUAGUAACCAGAAUGUUUGCAUUACAAUUACAACAUAGGUUGAAAAAUAGGAUAAUACAUAGAGUUAGUAUGGGGAACAAUAAUUUCUAAUGCAGUGUUUGUGUUGCUUUACUUGAAAAAAGCUGUCCUUUUUGUAAGCAGCAAUUAUGGUUUUUCAAAUUCAGAAUUUGUUAUAAUAUUUACACUUGUACAGAUACUAAGUAAUUGAGAAAGGUCUUGUGUUCCUAACACAUCAGUUAAUGCUUUAGUUUCAAAAAACAUUUGUCAUGAGAUCAUGAGAAUUUGGUGUGGUGUGUUAGUGUUAUUAAAUUCAUCAUCUUGAUGUGCUGUGGUCUUUGUUGCAAAUAAUGUUUUAUCUCUUUAUUUUAAUAAAUCAUGUAGUAUGUUCAAAACAUAUACUGUGAAAUAAGUUGUUCAAAUCACAGUUUCUGUCAUAAGCUAAAAUAUUUUGAAUUGUAUUGAUUAUUUUAUAAAAUUUAGAAAGUAAUGAAGUGUUUAAAACUUUUAUAUUUAUGUUUUUGUAUCUUUUAGAUGUUCAGUUGCAUUGUUUUUAUUUAUUUUAUAAAAAAAAUUGAAUGUCUCAGUACUCUGAUCCUUUCUCUCAGUUUUGUAAGAUUUUCUAAUUUUUGAUAUUAUUAUUCACAUAAGUUUACUAAUCACAUUUUACAAUAUUUUAUAGUAAGUUUUUUGACUUGCUUAUGUUUUAUGGUUCCUAUAAUCAAACCAUUUUAUUUUGUCUUUUACACAAUGUUUCAAGUGAUGCUGAUUCACGUGGUUGUUUCCUUCCAACUAGAAUGAAAUAACAGAUUUGUAGUCAUGAAAUGUCUAUUUUUUUUAAAGUUUUCGAGAAGCUCUUUUAAAUAUAAUUGCUUCUUAUGAUCAACAAUAAAAAUGCAGUUAUUUUACAUCAUUAUUCUUGAUAACUUAUUGAUAGCUAGAUAUUGUAGUUUCAAUUGUUUUCUACCAUUUGCUUCGAGGAUUACAGCUGCAAGCAUUUUUUCUGUUCUGACACUUGGAAGUCAUUCAACUGUGUUGUUUUAAAAUAUUUCCUAAUUUACCUUUUGUAUGCAUAAACACAGCACCAACAGAACUCUAAUGCACUUAAUGCAAGAGCAAAUAAUGUAUGAUAUUACAUUUUUUUAAAGUAUAACUUCUUAACUUCCUAACCUUACAUUGUCCCUGAUUAUUUCAAAGCAGAUGAUGCUUCACCGUAUUAAGUACGCUGUUCAUAUAAGAAUUUGUGGCAUGCAUUGUUGCUGGCUUCCAGGAAAAAAGAAGCUGUUGCCUUGCCCAUUAGUCCAUCGCAUUUGUUAUUGGCAGCUCAUGAACAAGUCAUUUAUAUUAAAUGACUUUUGCCUGUUUUUUAAUAAACAAUUUCUUUAUGAUGUGAUAAGUAUAUUUUUAUGUGUAUUUUUAUUCCAGUGAUUUGGUGAUCAUUAAGAACAAACUUAAGUUGAAAUACCAGACAGAUAAUUUGUAGUAAGGAUUAUAUGGCUUGUGAUUACACCUCCAGUUAAUUCUAGUAAGAUAAGGGAAAUAUGCAUUCAGCUGAAACAUUAUUUUAUUUUAUUUCUCAAAAAAAAAAAAAUUUUGCUUAACAUUUUAUUUCAGCAACAUGUAAAUAAAAUGAUAUUUCUUUCUGUGGUACAUAAGCAUGGACAGAACAUUGCUCUUUGGUACACAUUGACUUAUCUACACGUAUUUUUAUUUAUUAAUGAGUUGGCUGCAAGAGUUUCAUUGGUGUUUAUACUUGCUUAUAAAAAAAAAAUUUUUACAUUAUGUUUUAGAUCUUGUCCUCAUUUUAGUAGUACUUGAAGAAGUAUGCAUUACAAUUUAAUAGCAAGAGAAUGAACUACUUACUGAGCAUAUAUUAUAUGAUGUUGAUCAUUGUAUUUGUUAUGGCUGCCCUGUGUUGCCUAUGUAUAUCAAACUUCAUGCUAACUACAGACUUUUCUAGCAGCAUUUAUCUUCACUGUCAACAUGGAACUAAAAGCUCAUUUUAAAAAUGUUACAUUGUACAUCCCCCUCCCCCUACUCAAAAUUUUAUCUUGUUGGCUUGGUAUGAAAAUAAAAUCAUUAGCACCUUUCCCAUGUUAAGAGUACCUUACUAAAAAUUGUUCUAUGGUUUUAGAUGUGUUUUGAAAAAAGAAAAGAAAA